AUUGUAUUGCCGGGUAGUUCCUUCCCGCCCAAUAAAGUCACAAAAUGUUUCAAUUAAUUCAUUUCGGUUGCAAUUCUCCAACAAAUUCGAUGUCAACCCCUGCACAUUCAGCUACAAUCGAAGAUCGCCGGUGAUUGCCGACGGAGAAACCACCGGCUUAAAUUCUUCUAUUAGGGUACAAACGUUUCAUUGACCACGCGAUGGAGAAGGAAUCAACAACGCCUAAUCCAAGAGCUCAUCUGAAGAAGCCUCCAUGGCAGAUCGCUCUCACCUUUUUCACCAAGAACUUGGUACUUCUACUGCUACUACUGCUUUUGUCUGAGACGAUUCUGCGAUUGCUAUUUGGGAACAAAGGCAUUUACUCUAUAGGGCUCGGUAGACGGACUGCUGAGGAAACCAAGUCCUUCUUCCAGACGACUACCAAGAUGAUGCAGGUUCAGAUUGAAGCUGCGGACAGAAAAAUCGAGAAAGAGAUUGUAGAUUUAAGAAACGAAUUGAACGAGAGAGUAGAUGAUUUUGAUUUCGUAUACAGGACCAAAUUGCGUGAUUUGGGAGAAAAUGUUCAAAGUAAGAUACGAUCAUUGAUUGGUAAGGAGUGGAUAUGGAAUAAUAAAUCUAACAAUGUUUUAGAUGGAUUUAACUUCAAGAAGAGGAAAGAUGAAGGGUUUGAUGGCGAUAUGAAGGGUUAUGUGAAGGAGAUGAUUGAGAAGGCAAUUGAAAAGCAUGCUGCUGAUGGACUUGCUACUAUUGACUAUGCGGUUGCUUCUGGGGGAGGAAUGGUGGUGAAACACUCUGAACCCUACAAUUUACAAAAUGAGAUUCAUCUGUUUGCUCUGAAGAUUCUGCAACCUAGUUUUGGUGAACCUGGUCAAUGUUUUCCUCUAAAAGGUAACAAUGGUUAUGUUGAGAUCAAGUUGAGUCACACCAUUAUACCAGAGGCUAUAACUCUUGAACAUGUUGCAAAGAGUGUGGCAUACGACAGAUCUAUGGCUCCUAAAGAGUGUAAAGUGUUUGGAUGGUUGCAUCCUGAUUCCAAGAAGAUGGUUUUGCUAAGAGAGUUCACAUAUGAUCUUGAAAAAAGAAAUGUACAAAGUUUCAAUGUUUGGGAGAAGGGAUAUGCUGUGAACAUGAUGAGAUUUGAGUUCAAAUCAAACCAUGGAGAUCCCACUCACACUUGCAUAUAUCGCUUCAGGGUUCAUGGUUAUGAGCCCCAUUCUCUCUCAUCCUUGAUGCCUCAAUAAGUCAACUGAUUCAAAUGGAGCAGCGAUUAUAUUGCUAUAAGAUAAUAUACCAUUGGUUGUUGUAAGAUAGUCUUUUUUUUUUCUAUAAAAAGAUGAACAUUUGCAAUAAAGUUCUCAGAUUAUUACCAAAUAUGCUUAUCAUCUAAGGAUUUCUACUUAUAAAAAAUGAUAUAUCCAUGGAUUUGGUCUUUUAUGAAAAAACUUGAGAUUAAACUUCAGGAUUUUGUAAAAUCUUAUUGUUGCUUUAAGUAGAGGGUAUAAUUAUACAUAUUGUAUGUUUUG